AUGCUUCUUAUCAUGGUGCUUGAUUAUACGAUGCAGCUCGUGUUAGUUGAUGUUGAAUCUCAGACAGAAUAUUCGAAAAAUCGUUUUGGGAUGCUAGCUUGUGAUAAAUCACCACACUAUGCAGAAAGAAAAAUAAAACAAUCCAAUCUGUUGCUAUUUCGCUUUCGAAAUGGUCUGACAUCAAAACCUAAACCUACAUAA